UAUUCCUCAUUGCAAGCUCGCUUUGUCCUUCUUUCUCUCUUCUUUAUAUAUUGUUACCUAAGGCUUUUGCCACGUCUUGCGACCAGACAUCAUCGCUGUAGGGUGGGGUUGUUGAAUUAAACACGCCCCCAGCUUGCCGCCCGCUCCCACUCCCCACCAUUGAUUUGCCAGUCUGCUGCUACCUUCGAGCUUGACUGGUUCUAUUGAAGGUUGAUUUGAGACAUAUAACACCAUUACGGGAAAGACCGGUUGGACUGAUAUUGGAUGUCGGUUUUUAAAUCAUUGUAGAUCCCGCCUGGAUUCUGUGGUUUGGUCCUCUGACUCUUGUGAACUGAGCUCAGAGGUACCGAUCCAUGUCGUCGCUUCAGAGGUCAGGCAAGACUGCCCCGCGGCUUGUCCAAGACAUCCGCGACUACGACCCGGCUCAUCCCCCAAGCAGCGGCCGCAAUCUACUUGCAGACGUCCCUCCGGUUUUUCCUGGAGACUACCAUGGACCGCGCGAAUACAGUUCCCCGUCAACAUGUCACCACGAUUAUAGGCUUAAGACCGCUCAAAGUUUCCUACAAAAAGCGGAUCAGAAGGGCAGCUCCGGGGCCCCAACCAGGGUGUCCGCAUUCUGCUACAAGUGCCGAUAUCACCUGGAGGUGAAGGUGACCUCAAAUCCGGGAAUCGGUCACUCCGGCCAGUUUCCUUCCGAUCAUAUCCAUCACUUGGUUUACAACUCAGGGAGACACAAAGGCGGGCCAUCCCCAGAAGAGAUCACUUCCAAAGGACAGACCGCGGAGACCUUCAAUUAUGGAUGUUCUUACUUCACCUGUCCCGCCGCAGUCACGGUACGGGUGACCUCUCCUGUUUUAGACCACCGAUCGGUGCAACUCUUGACCGAUCCGGAAUUGUUGAAAACGCGUGCGGAGGAAGCUGUUGCGGCGUAUUCCGAACACAUGGAAGGGAUUGGUGCACCUCAACCGAUCGCCGUCCUCCUCACUCUGCGCACCUACCUCAGUAAUGCUCUCCACGACCCGCAGCAGAACAAGUCAAUCAAAGCGACCAAUAAGCGGUUUAUGUCAUGUUUCGGCACCGAAGGGCAGCCAUGUAAAGAACUGCUAGAAUCCCUGGGGUUCAGUGUCAAGGACAGGGAAUUCUGGGAACCCCCUCGGCCGAGCGCUUGGGCGGAGUUUCCUUACCGCGAUCAGCAGAAGAUAUUCCUUGACGAUGUUAUCCAUGAACUCUGCGCACUCAUAGACCAGCGGCCAUUGAUGGAGAAGAAAGGAAACCAGAUUAAAGAUUCCUAUACCCCAGCUCUAGAGAGCUUGCUUGGUGCACUUGAUGCUUAUAACUAUCCACCGUCACCGCGGUCGAGUGAAUUUCAAAUGGCAUCCGGACCCUAUUAUGAAGACCUGGGUGUCGUCGAAGACAUGUCCUCAGCUGCGAUCAUCGAAGCCUUCAAUCGCCAGAUAUCCGUGGAUCCGGAAAGAACCUCUCUCUAUCUUCAAUGUUUAAGGUCUAUUGGCCAUUUAAGAGGAGGGGAUGAUGGGAGUGUUAUCGACCAGGCUGUACAACUUGCUUACGCAGAAGGGAAAUAUACCGAUGACGACAUCGCCUCUGCUUACAAGUAUUUCGGACUCCAACAUGAUGACGCGUGGCUCACCGAGGAGAACAUUAUCGGGAAAUUUUAUGCCUUCUUGGGAGCUACCACUAGUUCCCAGGAGACCGAAGUUCGCCGGCAAUUGUGGAGGAUAGGUGACAGCAGAAGGAGCGAGCGAAUCAAGUCAGCAGCAGAAGACCGGGUGGCCACUGCGGAACAAGCUCAGGUAUACCUCGGGGUCAGCAGCGAUACGCCUGAUGAUUUCGUCAUGACCAUGUAUACCACCAAGAUCAAUGACAGUCCUACAAGCAGAGAUCUCGCUCGGCGAGCCAUCGAGCUUAUUGCAGAGUCACGAAAUUCACAAGCCCUCAAGCACUUCCUUCAGACUGGCGAAACGACUGCUGGUCAGAUGGAUGUUGCCGAUGCAUAUCGUCUUCUUCAGAUUCCAGACCGCACUGUCGAUGAGAGCGCAAUCAUGGCGGCAUACACUAUCUGCGUGAAUGAAGCUCCUGCACAAGUUGAAACAUACAACCAAGCCUUGAGCCUAAUCGCAAAUGACAAAGAAAGCCCUAUGCUCCGCAGUAUGAUUUCGGGCUCGGCAGACAAGCCGGACCGCAACAUGUCGCAAUGGCCCGUGGGAUUGCACAAUAUUGGCAACACUUGUUACUUAAACAGCCUGCUGCAGUUUUAUUAUUCAGUGCAACCAUUCCGCAACAUGGUCCUGGACUUUGAGAAUUAUCGGAUGGAGCUGGGCGAUGACGAGGAUUUCUCAAAGAAGGUAGGGUCUCGCAAAGUGUCGAAGAAGGAGGUGGAGCGCUCCCAGAGAUUCCUUCGUGAACUUCGAAUCCUAUUUCAAGACAUGAUGACCUCGCCCAAAUCCUUCGUCACGCCGGGCCGGGAAUUGGCACGGUUGACGUUGAUUAGCCCGUCGAAUGAAGCCGCCAUCCGUCGCCGCUCGACCAUCUCUGCUAGUCAGCCUGCUGCUAUUGGAGAGAUUAACGGAUUGCCGAUUUUGGGACCACAGGGGCCUCCGCAGACAGCCACCACCGGCAGUGAACCCAAAGAUCUUGUGCCUUUAGGAGUCGAAAGGUUUCAGCGUUCAGCAACGAGCGACGGGGACAGCGAAGCAACAUUGGUCGCGGACGGUCCCAAAAACGCAGCCCCUCUUGCCAAAAACGAUGACAAGGAGAAUGAAGCACCAGCUGCCGACACGGUCAUGACUGACGUUCAGUCUGAGCCCACCCCAAAAGCGGCAGAGGAAGUAUCCCCCUCAUCUCAGCCGUCGGCGACGGAGCAGAUGCCUGCACUCCCUGAUCAGCCGCCGCCGGUGCCUCCACGCCCGACACUGCAGCUUGACCCCCAAAAGCAGCUCAUCGAAGAAGUGGAGAUCGGAGCCCAGCAGGAUGUAACGGAAGUCAUCAACAAUGUGCUUUUCCAAAGUCAAUGUGCGAUCCGGCCGACUUCGAUCGCACCCGAUGGCGAACAAGUCGACCUUGUGAAAGAUCUGUUUUACGGACAAACAAGGUCGUACAUUCUUUCUGGAGAGAACACGCGUUCGAAGGAUGAACGAUGGUGCGAUAUCAAGGUCGACGUGGCAACCGGGUCUCGUGAUAUCUAUGCGGCCAUAGAUGGAGCCUUUGACAUCCAGAAUGUCAAUGUCGAGAACACCGUGGCAGAGCAAUUUGGCGCCAUCAGCAAACUGCCCCCUGUCCUGCAGAUCCAAGUGCAACGGGUCCAGUUUGAUCCGACAACGAAACGAUCAUUCAAAUCCACGCACCACCUGGAUCUGAAGGAGACUAUCUACCUAGACCGAUACAUGGACACUUCUACGCAGUCGGAAAUCAUGCAACGGCGCCAGCAAUGCUGGCAAUGGAAGAGCAAAUUGAAAGAACUUGAAGCUCGCCGGGAACAGCUGCUGCGGAAAAAUGAAUCCGAUGGUCUUGACCUGCCCACUCUGUUCGAUACUGCCAAGGAGGUUCUAGAAGACCUCAACUCUAUGAAAGAAAGCCCCGAAAGUACGCAAGAUGCCAUCGACAUCAACCCCGAGUUAAUGCCCGAACUCGGCCAACUUUCCCAAAUCGCGAGGGCGGAAAUUAAAUACAUUGAGCACGAGAUUCAGAACACGCAGACCAUGAUAUCCAGCCAGUUUGUUGAUUUCAAGCACCUGGCCUAUCGGCUGUUUGCGGUCUUCGUCCACUCCGGUACCGUUUCCUUUGGUCACUAUUACAUCUACAUUUACGACUUCAAGCAAGACAUCUGGCGCAAGUACAACGACGAAUACGUGACCGAGGUCCAAAACCUUGACGAGAUCUUCAAGAGUCAAGACCGCCAGAACCCCCCGACCCCGUACUUCCUCGUCUACGUCAACGAUACCAUGAAGGAUCGUCUUGCCAGUCCCGUCUGCCGAGAGAUGGUUGACACUCCGCCCAACGCCUCCCAUCAGUCCGAUAGCCAUGCCAUGGAAGGGGUUACCGCGACCGGCGGGGGACCGCCGGCCCCCACGGAGGAUACGGACAUGAACCCCCCGCCAUACGAUGCGGCCUGGGCCGGCAAAGGGGCAUCAGGUACGGCAGAUGACACCCACAUGGGAGAUCCGGAGACGAAGACCGUCAACGCCGAAAGCAGCUGGACAAAUACUGGAAGGCAGAGCAGUGACACUAACAGGCCUCGUGUACAGUGGUAG